UUCGAGCUUCAAUUACAGCCACAACCUCCAGAAUUGAUUGCUUCAAUCCACGACUCCUACUCCUGCGCAUCUGCGGACUCGACUAGAAAUUCCCCCAUUCCCUCUUCUCCCUCGAUCCUGCCUCCCUCGACUGACGACGACUUGCAAAUCCCGAACGUGGUCCCUGGCGCCCAAAAAGCCACCCGCCCUUCUUCUUCCCCCUUCACCGCGGUGGUUCUUUCGGCAUAGCGUUCAGUCACCAUGCGGUUAGACGUGAAGAGACAACUGUUUGCGCGGAGUGAGCGAGUCAAGGGAAUCGAUUUCCAUCCAGUCGAGCCAUGGAUCCUCACCACGCUGUAUAGCGGCCAUGUCUACAUCUGGUCAUAUGAGACCCAAGCGAUAGUGAAGACUUUCGAAUUGACAGAUGUUCCCGUCCGAGCUGGUAGAUUCGUCGCCCGGAAGAACUGGAUUGUCUGUGGUUCAGAUGAUUUUCAACUUCGAGUCUACAACUACAACACCUCCGAGAAGAUCACCUCCUUCGAAGCACACCCCGAUUACAUUCGAGCAAUCGUCGUUCACCCCUCACAACCAUUCGUUUUGACCGCCUCCGAUGAUAUGACAAUCAAGCUCUGGGAUUGGGACAAGUCAUGGAAAUGCGUACAGGUUUUCGAAGGACACAGCCAUUAUGUGAUGGGACUGGCCAUCAAUCCUAAAGAUACGAAUACCUUUGCCUCGGCGUGUUUGGACAGAACGGUCAAGAUCUGGAGUUUGGGUUCUCCGACUGCGAACUUCACACUUGAGGCCCACGAGACCAAGGGUGUCAACCAUGUUGAUUACUACCCUCAAUCCGACAAGCCAUACCUCCUCACAACUUCAGAUGACCGGACAGUCAAGAUUUGGGAUUACACCACGAAGUCAUUGAUUGCUACUCUGGAGGGCCACACCAGCAAUGUUUCGUUUGCCUGCUAUCACCCCGAAUUACCAGUCAUCAUAUCUGGAUCUGAAGAUGGAACAGUCAAGAUAUGGCAUGCAAACACUUAUAGACUCGAGCAAUCGUUGAACUAUGGUUUGGAGCGGGCGUGGUGUGUCAGCUACCAAAGAGGGAAGCAAGGUGUGGCUGUUGGUUUCGAUGAGGGUGCGGUGGUCGUGAAGAUGGGCCGAGAGGAGCCAGCUGUGUCGAUGGAUAGCUCUGGAAAGUUGAUCUGGGCGAGACACAGCGAAGUGGUUUCGUCAAUAAUCAAGGGCGGAGAUGCUUCCCUGAAAGACAACGACCCGAUUUCCCUCCCAACGAAAGAUCUCGGAACCUGCGAAGUUUAUCCCCAGACCCUCCUCCACUCCCCCAACGGUCGAUUCGUCUCGGUUUGCGGGGACGGAGAAUUCAUCAUCUACACAGCCCUGGCGUGGAGAAACAAGGCGUUCGGUUCGGCGUUGGAUUUCGUCUGGGGUUCGAAAGAUAAUAGCAAUGAUUACGCCAUCCGAGAAUCCGCAACAAGUGUCAAGAUCUUCAAAAACUUCGUCGAGAAGGCCGGUGGUCUUGAUGUUGGUUUCCAGGCAGAGGGUCUGACUGGUGGCGUUUUGCUUGGCGUAAAGGGACAAGGGGGUAUUGGGUUCUUUGAUUGGCAGACUGGCGGUUUGGUUAGAAGGAUUGAAGUUGAUCCUAAGGAGGUCUACUGGUCCGAAAAUGGCGAGCUCGUUUCGAUUGCUUGCGAAGACACGUUCUAUGUUCUUCGAUUUUCAAGGGAGAACUACGUCGCAGCUGUGCAAGCUGACCAAGUUGAGGAUGAUGGAGUUGAAGCAGCUUUCGAGGUCGUCACAGACAUCAACGAGAGCGUACGAACUGGAGAAUGGGUUGGGGAUUGCUUCAUCUACACCAACAGCACGAACCGUCUGAACUACCUUGUUGGUGACCAAACAUACACCAUUUCACACUUCGAUCAGCCAAUGUACCUGCUAGGCUAUAUCCAACGCGACUCCCGAAUUUACCUCUGUGACAAGGAUGUCAACGUUACUUCCUUCUCCCUCUCACUCUCCGUGGUCGAAUACCAAACGCUAGUUCUUCGUGAUGAUAUGGAAUCAGCGUCAGAACUCCUUCCUUCAAUUCCAGCAGACCAAUUGAACAAGAUCGCCCGCUUCCUCGAAGGCCAAGGCCAUAAGGAACUCGCACUUGAGGUUGCGACAGAUCCAGAGCACAAGUUUGAGUUAGCACUUGCGCUAGGUCACCUGCCAAUUGCCCUGGAGUUGGCACGGGAAGCUGAUGUGGAACACAAGUGGAAGACGGUCGGCGACGCAGCUCUAACUGCCUGGGAUGUCGCCCUAGCAGCGGAGUGCUUCAAAAGCGCCAAGGACCUCGGCUCGUUGUUACUGCUGCACUCUUCAACUGGUGAUCGUGAUGGUCUUCGAGCAUUGAGUGCCCAAGCACAAGAAGCUGGGGCUCACAACGUUGCUUUCACUUGUCUUUGGCAACUCGCUGAUGUGGAAGGCUGCAUCGAUCUCCUCACGAAGACUGGACGAACAGCGGAAGCCGUCCUGUUCUCGCAAACGUACAAGCCGAGUCUCACAGUCAAGACAGUCGGGUUAUGGAAGCAGAGUUUGGAGAAAGAGAAGAAGGGCCGAGUAGCGAAGACUGUGGGUGUUCCAGGUGAAGACGAUGAGCUAUUCCCCGAGUGGGAAGAGUAUUUGAAGCUCGAGAGUGAAGGGGGAGUCAGCCUCAUUGACGUGAAUGGUGGCGCUGAGGAGUCGGCCAAUGGUGAUGCGGCGGAGGAUGAAGAGGUAGAAUAGAGUGCUUGCAUUUGCGGGUUUUGGGAGACGGGUGGGAAAACAUUUGCAGCGUAAUUGAAGGCUAUACAGAUAUCUCAUGAAUUGAGAUUCUAGCCCAAGGGGCCGUCCCAAGUCGAAAGCUUGAUGAUUUUGUGUCCUUGACGUAUUUCGAAGUUGGAAUGUUGCUGCUGCUGCAUCAUUCUUUCGUUUUGCAUUCCUGGCCGAAUGCUGCAGUACUAACUAACCGGGUUUUCUUUGCAGCUGCUUUCUUUCUGCUCCUCUGAACUUCAAUCUUGUCUUCCUAGUGCAAGAAGCUCAGCUCGUCUUCAACUUGACUUCCAACCAUGGGGCAAAACCUUUAAGUCAUGAGAAAAGUUCCACC